AUGGUUUUAUAUAAAGUCUAUUCUCAAGAGCAUCGUAUUCGUUAUUUAACUUAUCCAUGUUCAAGUGCUAUUAUAUUUCAAACGUGUUGUCUUUUCCUUACUUUCCUACCACCGUUGUUUACUGGUUAUUUUACAAGUGGAUUCUAUUAUAAAGAAUUAACGUAUACUGAACAACCUACUGUAACAUUUCUUCAAAAAUAUGAUUUAAUUAUUGAUUCUUUAUCAGCUCUUCGAUUCUGUUCAUCUGACUCACGUUUAAACAAUCAUUUUAGUUCAUCUCUCGUUCCAUGCACUCUUACUAGUUUUAUGCCACGAUAUUCCAACGAUGGUCAAGUAAUAGAUCAAGAAAACAUAACGUUAAAUGUCAUUUUCCCUAGCGCUAUUUCAAGUUCAGUUCUCAAUCUUUGGCUUCUAUUUCAAUAUCAACUCAAUCGAUUUCCAUUAAUCAAUAUGGAAACACUUGGGCUAAUUCAAUUGAAUGUACCUUCAUCGUUAUCAGCGAACACUGCGGUUACUGUGUAUGGUCAACUUAGUUUUCAUCAACGUGAACCAUUAGUAAGCUAUAAAAAUUAUUCAUCUAUUCAAGGUCCAAUUAUUGAUUAUGGAAGUUAUUCAAUUGUACCGUCAUUUGAUAACCUAUUGGAUAAUUAUACCAAUCGUACCUAUUUUACAACAUUUGAUCAACAAUAUGUUCAAUGGGCAUCAAUACCGUCUACUGAUAACUCGACAGUAUAUCUAUUAACAAUCAAAGUUGCUGUUAAUAUUCCUUUACAGAUAUAUCGCUACGUACCAAGUUUUUGGACAGAAUUUCGUUGGGCAUGGAUUCAAUAUUUCACUGGUUUAUUACCAUUCUUUUAUGUUGCUAACAAAGCAAAAGAAUUUGUAUUUAGUAAUGGUAUUGUACGAACUGUUGUCGGUAAAUCUCCUUAG